UAUUAAUACUUAUCCUGAAAGCAUGCGUAUAGGUUGUGGUACUAACUGUUUUAGAAUUGCGGAACAAUCAGAUGUGGUGGAGGAAGUAAAAGCUCGUCACUUGGAUAUAUGUGAGAAAUGGCAGAAACUUCGUGAACAAAUAGCAAGUCGAGAUAAGCGACUUCAUGCCGCUGGAGAAAUACAUCGCUUCCACAGGGAUGUUGCCGACGCUCUUUCCAGAAUACACGAGAAGAAUGCCGCAUUAGGUACCGAACUUGGGCGCGAUCUCAAUUCUGCUCUGACGCUGUUACGUAAACAAGAGGCAUUUGAAAAUGAAUUGGUAGCGCUAGAGGCACAACUUCAAGUUCUUGUUGACGAUGGCGCCCGAUUGCAAAUAUCGUAUCCCAGUAACAAAACGCAGAUUCAACAGCAGCAGGAAGUUGUUGUGACUGCGUGGCAUGGUCUUAAAGAGCGUGCGGACUUGCGGCGCGAUCAACUACAAGCUAGUGUAGAUUUGCAGAAGUUCCUUUCUCAAGCUAGAGAUUUGACAAGUUGGUCUUCAGGGAUUCGACUGGCAAUGGGUACGGAUGUAAACGUGAAGGAUUUGGCUAGCGCCCAAGCACUUAAAAUUGAACAUGAAUCAUUAAAAAGUGAAAUUGAAGCACGUGAAGACACCUUUCAGGCUGUAGCCGAUAUGAGUACUGCUAUGGAGCAAACAGGUCACUAUGCUUUCAGUGAAGCAGUUGAACGGUGCACGGCUUUAUUCCAAGAACGCGAGAAGUUACACACGGCAUGGCAAUUAAAGAAAAUCCAUCUUGAUCAGUUAAUUGAUUUACUGUUCUUCUUACGAGAAACAAAACAAAUUGAAAAUAUAUGUAACACCCAAGAAGCUGCUUUAGGUAACACCGAUUUUGGGGAAACUGUUGAUGAGGUCGACAGUCAGUUGAAAAAGCACGACGCUUUCGAAAAACUAUUCAACUCUCAAGAGGAACGUAUUGAUCAUUUGUUAAAAUCUGCAGACAAAUUAAUUUCUCAAAAGCACUUUGAAAGUGCCCAGAUAGCCACUUCAGUUGCUGAAGUUCAACAAAAGCGUUUACAUUUGCGCCAUCUUUGUGUGCAAAGGCGCCAUCAACUCGAGAACGCUUUGCUUUACGCGCAGUUUGUGAGAGAUGUUGUGGAUGCUCAAGUGUGGAUAGCGGAGAAAGCGAAGAAACUGCAAUCUGAGAUUAAAACUGGUGAGGUUAGCAAUCUGGAGGAAAAAAUGAAAGAGCUUCAGAAACAUCAAGCGUUUCAAGCGGAAAUUGGCGCAAACGAGAGCCGAAUGACGGAAAUUCACGAGAAAGGCAAAAUUUUAAUUGCAAAAUGUCACAAAGCAUCCAGUGAUAUUAAACAACAACUUGCCAAUCUUGAAAGUGCAUGGAAGCUGUUGGUACACGAAGUCAAUUUGCGAGGAAAGGGUUUGGAGGAGGCUCAAGACAUUUUAGAAUUCAAUAACCAAUUGGACAAAUUAGAUGCUUGGAUCCGCGAUAAAGAGGUAAUGGUGCAAGCUGGCGAUACUGGAAGAGAUUUUGAACAUUGUCAAGCACUGCAGCGGAAAUUAGAUGAUGUCGAUAGCGAUAUGAGGGUUGAUGAUGCAAGAAUCAGAAACAUCAACUUCUUGGCCGACAAGUUAAUUCAUCAGGGACACUCGGGCGUAAAACCUAGACGUGAUGGUUUUAUGGCUAAGUGGCAGAAUUUGCAAGGCGCACUAAGCCAGUAUCGUGAAAAGCUGGCGGGCGCGUUAGAAGUACACUUAUUUAAUAGAGACGUGGACGACACCUCGGAAAGAAUUAGCGAAAAGGCACACGCAAUGGAUAGUGAGGAUGUAGGUAAAAAUUUGCAUCUUGUCGAAGCUUUGCAACGCAAACUAGAAGCGUUGGAAAUGGAAAUGACUGCUGUUGAAAGUAAACUGAACGAACAUGGUAGAGAUGCAUUCGAAUUGAGUGACAAAUACCCGCAUAGCGCCAAACACAUUUCAAGUAAAUUAACGGCAGUACAAGACGAAUGGAAUAAGUUGUGUCUUUCAAAAAAUAAAAGGCGUUCAAAUUUGGAGAGGGCGUACACGAAGCAAAAGUUUUUGUCUGAUCUUAAGGAUUUGGAGUUGUGGACCGAUGAAAAUAUCAAAUCAAUGGAGGACACAAAUAAACCGAAAAGCAUAUCGGAAGCAGAAGCUCUCAUAGAGCUACACAACGAAAAGAAGGCCGAGAUUGAUGGACGCCAGGAGGUCUUUGAGCAUUUACACAAUUUUGGCAAGAGUAUUAAAGACGAAGAUUCAGAAAUAGAGGAAGCCUUGGAAAGACUGCAGAAAUUAAAAAAGCUACUGACGAGCAAAUGGAUGAAGCACAAAGAGGAUUUAACUCACGAAUACCAACUGCAAGAAUUCAAAGAGCAAGGUGACCAGUUGGAGUCAUGGCUAGCAACGAAAGAGGCAUUUUUAAACAAUGACGAUUUAGGUGAGAGUACAAGAGCUGUCGAAACGCUAAUGAGAAAGCAUCAAGAUUUUGAAAAAAUGUUGAAUCAGCAAAUGAAUCGAGUUACCGAUCUACAAGAAGUAGCGAAGAUUAUAUUGUCAGACACUCGGUAUGAUAAUCAAGAGGUUAAACAUAGACUGCAGGCAAUAUUAGAACGACAAGAUCGUUUGCUCGAGAGCUCUAAGAUCCGUAAACAAAAGCUCACAGAGUCUCAAGAUUUGUACGAGUUUAGGAAGAAUAUUUACGAGGUCGAAAAUUGGUUGACUCAGAAAAUACAAAUCGCUGGUGAUGAAAAUUAUCGAGAUCCUAGCAAUUUGCAAAGUAAAAUACAAAAGCAUUCCACAUUUGAAGCAGAAAUACUAGCAAAUCAGAAUCGAGUGCAAGCUGUUAUUGUAGAGGGCCAAGGUCUGAUCACCGCCAAACACUUCGCCGCAGAGGAAAUUCAAAAUCGGCUCGAAGAUUUAGAAAACGAUUGGAAGCAUUUAAGUGAACUGUCGCAGCUUAAACGUGAACGUCUUAAUGACGCAUAUCAAGCUUUGCUGUUCGAUAGAUCCUUGGAUGAAUUCAUAACGUGGCUCGAUGAAGUUGAAGGCCAGCUGAAAUCCGCCGAUUACGGAAGAGAUCUAUCUUCUGUGAAUAAUUUACUCAAAAGACACGCGGUGCUCGAAAACGAUAUUCAUCAGCAUUCCGAAAAUUGCGAAAUUAUAAACGAGACGGCGGAAGACUUUUUGCGAAAUAAGCAUUUCAGAGGGGAAGAGCUACAUGAAAAUGCUCAGCAGGCGAUAACCCGUUUUCACCAAUUACAUGGACCUUCGCAAGCUAAGAGAGAUCUGUUAGAGGCGUCUUCCAUGUUGCAUCAAUUCACCCGAGACGUGGAGGAUGAACUUCUAUGGCUUGCCGAAAGGGAACUGAUAGCUGCUUCAACGGAUUUGGGGAAUAGUUUAACAGCCGUACAGAGUUUGCAGAAGAAGCAUCAGGUGUUGGAAACUGAAUUACUGUCAAGAGAGCCUGUGGUCACUGCACUAGUUGCGCGCGGUACACAUUUGUCAAGACCUGGACAUGAUUCGUUGGCAAUCACAGAAAAAGCAAAUAAUUUGAAGAACAAACUGAGGCAUGUGCGUGACCUUGCCAGCUUACGAAAAUUAAGGUUACAAGAUGCCCUAGAAUCACAGAUGUUCUACACUGAAGCUGCAGAGGCUGAAGCAUGGCUAAACGAAAGAAUGCCAACUUUAGCAUCAAGCGAUAUUGGUAAAGAUGAAGAUUCUGCUCAAAUGUUACUAAGAAAACUGGAAGCUUUGAAGUGUGAAAUUGAAUCUUUUCAAACUACUAUUGAUCGCUUGGAAAAUCUGUCGAAAAAUAUAUCUGAGAGGCAACAUUUUGAUAGUGACAAUGUGCUAAAGAAAAAGGAACAAAUAGAAAACAAAUUUAAAGAAUUACAACAGUUAUUACAAGACCGUGAAAGAUCCCUUUCAGAAGCUCUGACAUACUUCAGUUUUGUAAGAGAAUGUAGUGAAAUGCAAGAAUGGAUGAACGACCAACAAGCGAAGGCAGCUUCAGAAGAUUACGGAACAGAUGUGGAACAUGUCGAGUUACUCAUACAAGCAUUUGAUACAUUUUUAGCUAGUUUAAAUAACAGCGAAUUACGAGUACAAAAUUGUAUUGAUAACGGAAACAAACUGAUAGCCGCCGAAAAUAAGCACAAAAGAAAAAUUGAACAAAAAGUAACGGAAGUCAAAGAUCAAUGGGAAGACCUAAUAGAACUGGCUCAAGCGAGACACGAAGCUCUCGCUGGUGCUAAACAAGUUCACAUUUUCGACCGGACUGCAGACGAGACUAUUGCCUGGAUUAUUGAAAAAGAGGCAAAUUUGGUAAUCGAUACUUACGGGCAGGACUUGGAAAGCAUACAGGCUUUAGUUCGUAAACACACAGGUUUCGAAACCGAACUGGUUGCCGUCAAGGAGCAAGUGAAAGCCAUUGAACAAGAGGCACAUCGUCUUAGUGAACUAUUUCCAGAUGCUGAAGAGCACAUUGAAGUUAAACGAGAAGAUACCUUAAACGCGUGGGAGGAGUUGCAAACCAAAGCCGAGCAUCGAAGGGAGAAUCUUCAGCAGUCUGAACAACUUCAGACAUACUUCGAUCAAUAUCAAGAUUUGAUGUGAGUAUAUAAGUGUAUAGUCAUCAUC